UACGUAUGUACAUAUGUAUAUACUUCUGUAUAUAUGAUUUUGUAAAAAUAUACUUAUACACCUACACCAUAACUUGGUUGCUCAUUAACUAACUUGCAUGAAAUUCAGCUUCGUUGCAUCAGGCUUUCCAAGAAACGGUGUUCAUAUACAUAUUUAAGUGUUGUAGCUUAAUAUGAUCACAUUCAGUCUGUAACCGACGGCACAAUGAAUAGUACUUCAAUACUUAACACAAAUUUGUCGAUAAAUUUCGAAGUUGGGUGAUUUAUAAUCGUGGUCAAAUUUAUAAAAAUAUGCAUAUACAUACAUUUGUAUGUUUAUUCGUAUAUAUUGACAUAAUUCAAUGUGCUUACAUGAAUACAUAUACCGCACGUUUUAUAAUACAUACAUAGAAAUAAACUGUUGGGGAAGCAGAAGAACAAGUUAUUUGCAGGGAAAUGACUCUGGAUGCGUCAAAUGAUCAGAAAUUUUUCAGAAAAAAAUAAAGGUCGAGUAAAAAAAAAUAUGAGUGAGAGCACCCAUUUGUCGCCAGUAGAUGCACACAGUGCAGUCGGCUUGACAUUAGCAGAUGCUGUUGAUUUUGAUCAACUCCACAGUCCUAAAGUUGAUUAUUCAAGUAUUUGUGGCACGAAAGUGUUAGUUAGUCCUACAGAAGAGCAGUUUGACUUGCUGAAACGGAGGCUAGAAGAGCGUAUAGUUGAUUGCCGCGGGGAAACCAUCUAUGAGAUUGGUAUAGGCGAAGAUGGCAGUGAUAAUGGAUUGGAUGAGGAAGAAUAUCGCGCAUCAGUGGCGACGUUGCAGUCCCUCGCCGCAACAAUUGAUGCGGAUGUAGUAUUGUUACGACAGCGCAAAGUUGGAAAAGGUUUGGCUGGCCAGUAUUUGGUAAGAAAACGAGUCGAUACCUCUGAUUUUAUGGAGAUACGUGUGGCUGUGGUCGGCAAUGUUGAUGCAGGCAAAUCUACGCUUCUUGGGGUACUUACACAUGGCGAGUUGGAUAACGGACGAGGCCAUGCUCGACAACGCUUAUUUCGACACAAACAUGAAAUGGAAACUGGACGCACCAGCUCUGUGGGGAAUGACAUAUUAGGUUUCGAUAGUGUUGGGAAUGUUGUUAAUAAACCUGAUCAUGGCACUCUAGAUUGGGUUAAGAUUUGCGAAAAGUCCGCUAAGGUGAUUACAUUCAUUGAUCUGGCAGGACACGAACGCUAUUUGAAAACAACAGUAUUUGGUAUGACAGGGCAUGCCCCCGACUUCGGAAUGCUUAUGAUAGGUGCCAAUGCUGGAAUCGUUGGUAUGACAAAAGAGCAUUUAGGAUUGGCGUUAGCAUUGUCUGUACCAGUGUUUGUAGUCGUUACUAAAAUUGAUAUGUGUCCACCUAAUGUGUUACAAGACAAUUUAAAACUACUUUUCAAAAUAUUAAAGUCACAAGGUUGUCGCAAAGUACCUGUAAUGGUAAAAAACGCUGAUGAUGUGGUUUUAAGUGCCACCAAUUUUGUUUCGCAGCGUUUGUGCCCGAUUUUCCAAGUUUCUAAUGUUACUGGCGAUAAUUUGGAGCUACUAAAAAUGUUUUUAAAUUUGUUGACGACACGAAUGACAGGACAAGACAACUUACCGGCAGAGUUUCAAAUUGAUGACACCUACUCAGUACCUGGCGUGGGCACAGUUGUUUCUGGAACCUGUCUACAAGGCCUCAUAAAAUUAAAUGAUACACUAAUGCUGGGCCCGGAUGCUCUGGGCAGCUUUAUACCAAUCGCAGUAAAGAGCAUUCAUCGCAAACGUAUGAACGUCAAAGAAGUUCGAGGCGGUCAAACCGCCAGUUUUGCUUUAAAAAAGAUUAAACGAUCUCAAAUACGUAAAGGAAUGGUAAUGGUUAGUCCAGAUUUAAAACCGCAAGCUUGCUGGGAAUUCGAAGGCGAAAUUUUGGUGCUUCAUCACCCAACAACCAUAUCUUCUCGAUAUCAAGCCAUGGUACACUGUGGAAGUAUUCGACAAACGGCGUCUAUUAUCAAUAUGUCGAAAGAUUGUCUACGGACUGGCGAUAAGGCGCAUGUAAAAUUUCGUUUCAUUAAGCACCCAGAAUAUAUUCGAGUGGGACAAAGAAUGGUAUUCCGAGAGGGUCGUACUAAAGCGGUUGGAAAUGUCCUGAAACCUAUUACAAGUUCGAUUGCUGUACAGCAUCGCGCGAAACCGAAUAAAAUGCAGGCGCGAGGUCAAAAUCAUGGCCAAGGACAUUCACAUGUACCUCUACAAAACCAAAAUCAAAAUCCCAAUGUGCAGGCAGCUGUUUUUCAAAAUGGAAAACUAGUACAACUGGCCGAUAUGGAUGGGAUGAAGCAGAAUUUGGACGGAGUUCUUGAAGGUUGUGUCGAUAAACGCGACGUACGGGGAAGCAAACAUCAAAAACGCGGGAGUUCUCAUAAUACUAGUACAGCAUCAGCGGGUGGAGUAAGCAUUGGAGGCUCUUUAAAUGACUUACAGGCUCAAACAAAUAGCUCACAUAUCGCUGUAAAAAAGUAA